UAGACUUCAGACCUUUGAACCUGGAGCAGAGAUACACACUGAAGCGCUGUUCAACAUGAGUCUCCUGUCAGGGUUUUACGUCCUCUUGGGUCUUUACAGCUGUCAUUCUGCUACAGUGUUUGUGGGGAAGGACGAGGCUCAUGGGGGUUUGAUCCGGACUAAGCGGGCGAACUCGGGCUGGUUUGAGGAGCUGAAAUUGGGCAAUCUGGAGAGGGAGUGUCUGGAGGAGAAAUGUUCGUAUGAGGAGGCGCGAGAGGUGUUUGAACACACGGAGGCCACCAAUGAGUUCUGGAAGAUCUACAAUGUUAAAGAUCACUGUGCAUCAAAUCCAUGUGAGAAUAAUGGGCUCUGCUCGACCCAGAACACAGAAUCCUACACGUGUCUGUGUUCGCCGGGCUUCAGCGGACGCAACUGUGAGCAGGAGAUGAAAGACGUCCCUGACUCCUGUCUUUAUGAUAACGGAGGCUGCGAGCACUUCUGCACGGAGAAGGACGAUCAGCGGAACUGUUCCUGUGCUGAUGGAUAUACCUUAGGGUCAGAUGGUCAGAAGUGCCUGAGACACGAGGCUUUUCCGUGUGGGAAGGUUCCUCUUCUUCAGGGGGCAGGUGCUGCUGUGAAUCCUAAGGAUGAUCCGAGAUCUCGUAUCGUUGGUGGAGCCGAAUGUCCUAAAGGACACUGUCCCUGGCAGGUGUUGCUAAAGUACGGUCAGAAGGGUUUCUGUGGAGGUGUGAUCUACAAACCCACCUGGAUCCUCACCGCCGCCCACUGUUUGGAAAAACUCAAUGUCAAGUUUCUCAAGAUAGUCGCAGGUGAGCAUGACAUUCAGGUGGAAGAGGGCACAGAACAGGUGAUCCAGGUGGAGCAGAUGCUCGAGCACCCCAACUACAAGUCCGACACCGCAGACAACGACAUCGCCCUGCUGCGUCUGCGCCAGCCCAUCGUCUACAGCACCUACGCCGUCCCCGUCUGCCUGCCGCUGCGAGACACGGCCGAGCGCGAGCUGUGGGCCAUCAGCAAGCACAUGGUCAGCGGCUGGGGCAAACGCAGCGAGGACGGGCCCACGUCACGCUUACUGCGCCGCCUGCUGGUGCCCCGCAUCCGCACGCAGGAGUGCAUCGAGAGCAGCAACGUGUCGCUCACCAGAAACAUGUUCUGCGCCGGUUACAUCGAGGGCAAGCAGGACUCGUGUAAAGGGGACAGCGGUGGGCCUCUGGUGACCCGCUACAGGGACACCACCUUCCUGCUGGGCAUCGUGAGCUGGGGCAAAGGCUGUGCCCGACCAGGGUCCUACGGUAUUUACACCCGUGUCUCCAACUACCUGCAGUGGAUCCACCAACAAACAGCCAACUCUACAGCCAACUCUACAGCUACAACACAAUGAAGCGUUAAUGCACAGCUAAUCUUUUAUUUAUGUUUAAUCCUAUCUGAUUUUAUUUUUUAUGUAGCUAUGCUUCAAUCCACCAAUUUGUAUUGGGGUGGUGUUGGCGCAGUGGAUAAGACACAUGCCUUUGGUGUGAGAGACCCGGGUUCGAAUCCACUGUGAGACACCAAUGUGUCCCUGAGCAAGACACCUAACCCCUCGUUGCUCCAGAGAUGUGCGACCCCUGACAUAUAUUGCAUAAAAAAUAAAAAAAAAACGUAAAAUGUAAAAUUCCAAGAAGCACAUCAAUUCUAAAAAUCAUAUGUGCUCAACCAUGUCAGAUAAAUUUCUUAUUGAUGGAAAUUAAAUUAAAUUAUAUCUAAAUGUUCAAUUCCCUAAUACGCAUCAAAAAAGACGUGAAGAAACAGCCAAUUCUACAGCUGCAACACAAUUAAUCAUUAAUGCACAGUGAAUCUUUUAUUUAUGUUUGAUCAUGUCUGAUUUUAUUCAGUGUUUUUGAUAUUUGCAUCCAUCAUUACCUCAUUCAAAAAUAAACAGUAUGCAAAUGA